ACAUUCACAUUCAUCAAACUUUUAGGUUAGUUAUCAAAAUUCUCAGUGAAUUUAAAAAAAAAUUAAGAAAUGCUGAAAAAUAGACGUAGUAUAGGUGUAGUUGCUGAAGAAAACCAGCAGGAAACGCAGUUGCUUCAAGCGGAAGUGGAGUGUGUUGGGCGUUUACCGAUUUGUGCGGGGUUUUCGCAAGAUGGCAGCGAUUUGACAUGUGAAAGAGUACGAAGGAUAUUAAGUCAGAAAACACAGAAGAAAGAAACUGUAGCUUUGGAAAAACCAUCGAAACAUAAAAGUGACCAUCAUGAUCAUACUCAUAUUCAUCAUGACCAUCAAACUCAUCAUCAUCAUGAUCACCAUCAUGAUGAUUUUCCGUGUUCACAUUGUAAACAUGUUCAACAUAAGAAAUCGCAUACUGUUAUGGAGAAAGAAUCACAAACUGUGCAUAAAACACAAGUGCAUAAAGAUGAAGCGAAUCGGUUUCCAAAUAGGGAUGGCGGGAGAGAUCGUGGUCGGGAUAGAGAAAGAGAUAGGGAUAGAAUCAGAGCUAGAGAAAAAGAAAGAAGCAGAGAAAGAGAAAAACGACAAAGGGAUAAGUCACGUCCUCCUGAACCUUCGGGCAGGCGCACAAGUAGGCGUGUCGAAUUGGUGCGUGAUACUAAUCCAAAUAGUGGACGUAUGUGGAAGUUCAAGGAUGCGGAUUUAAACAGUAAGAAAUUGGUGGACAAGCGCCGGGUGAAUACGAAGGAGCGAGAGAAUAUGUUCGGGACAAGAGUUCGCAUGUCGGUUAAUAAGAGACUUGGGUUUGAUCCAGGUCGGGUUUAUCGCUUUGGUGAACGUGGAUCUGGUAUAAGACAUGAUGGCGGCGUGCAAGACUUCUACCAGCUUAGAGAUCAACAUCUUGCAAAUGGGACGCUUUUCGAGGAUCCACAGUUUCCAUGCGAGGAUCAGUCGUUGUAUUUCAGUCACAGGCCUAAUUAUCGUGUGGAAUGGUUGAGGCCUACGCAAAUCACAAGUGAUCCCCAACUAUUCGUCGAAGGCUUCUCUCGUUUCGAUGUCCAACAAGGAGAAUUAGGAGAUUGUUGGCUCCUUGCUGCCGUCGCUAAUUUAACAAUGUACCACCGCCUCUUCUUCCAAGUGGUACCUGAUGACCAAGCUUUUUACGACAAAUACGCUGGCAUCUUUCACUUCCGUUUCUGGCAAUAUGGCCGCUGGAUUGACAUUGUCAUCGACGAUCGUCUUCCCACACGACACGGACAGCUCCUCUUUUUACGUUCAUCAACAGAGAAUGAGUUCUGGAGUGCUUUACUUGAGAAAGCAUAUGCUAAGUUACACGGUUCUUAUGAAGCGUUGAAAGGCGGAUCCACAUGUGAAGCAAUGGAGGAUUUCACAGGGGGCGUGACAGAAAUGUAUGAAUUAAACGCCGCCCCCGCAGAUUUGUACAAAAUCAUGUUGAAAGCAUUCGAGCGUGGAUCCUUAAUGGGAUGUUCAAUUGAACCCGACCCACAAGAACUAGAGGCGCGUACAGGUGGUCUCGUCAAAGGCCACGCCUACUCCAUCACAAAAGUCAAAUUUGUCGACAUUCACACACCUUACACCUCCGGAAAAAUUCCGCUAUUGCGUCUGCGCAAUCCAUGGGGUGAUGAUACCGAAUGGAACGGCGCAUGGAGUGAUUCAUCGCCAGAAUGGCGUUUUGUCAGAAGAAGAAAAGGUCAACUUGGAAAAGCCCCAAUUUGCACGGUUCCAGACGGAGAGUUUUGGAUGUCUUAUAAGGAUUUCGUGAAUAAGUUCGAUCGCAUUGAGUUGUGUAAUUUGAAUCCUGAUUCGUUGGAUCAAAGCAGUACGGCGAAGAAGUGGGAGGUGUCUUAUUAUGAAGGGGCGUGGGUUCGGGGCGUGACCGCUGGUGGAUGCAGGAAUUUCAUUGAUACAUUCGCAUCUAAUCCACAAUAUCGUAUUACGUUGACAGAAACUGACGAUGAGGAAAAUGAUGGAAAAUGUACGGUUAUUGUCGCGUUGAUGCAGAAAAAUCGCCGGUCGAAACGCCGAAUGGGUCUGGAGGAGUUAUCUGUUGGUUUUGUUUUGUAUUAUAUUCGUGAUCCAAACUCAGCGCCUAAGCCGCUGGAUCGCAACUUUUUCAAACACAACGCCAUUGUGGCGCGUUGUCCGUCCUACAUUAACCUCCGCGAAGUCACCUGCCGCUUCCGGUUACAUCCAGGAACGUAUUGUAUUGUACCGUCGACGUUUGACCCGGAUGAGGAGGGCGAGUUCCUCCUGCGUGUCUUCUCCGAGCAUCAGAACAAUAUGGAAGAAAAUGAUUCGCCAGUUGAAAUGAGAAAACAUCAAGUGAAAAAAGUUACUGCUUCAAGAUAUGUGAAUGAACCAACUGGUAAUGAACUAUGGUCACGUUUUCGCAUGGAGGAUGCUUUUCACAAUUUGGCAGGCUCCGCUGAGGAAAUCAACUGGAGGCAUUUACAAAAACUCUUAAAAGUCGCAUUGAAAAAAGACUGCGAAAAUGGAUUCGCACAAACAACAGUUCCACAAAAUGAUGCAACCAUGAAUACAUCAAUACCACAAAGUCAACUUCCGGAAGACUUAGCUGGAAAUCUCGUGAAGAUGGUCAUGGAAUUAAUCUGUAUGAAAGUCUGUAAAGAUACACCUCUAGCGGAAGAAUUUGCACCAAGACAGGAAGAAGUACCACUUAUGCAACGUCAACCACAAGACGCCUCGCAUGUGAAUUUAGGCUUUGGCGAUGAUGUCUGCCGCAGUAUGGUAGCCAUGUACGAUGAUGACUUCUCCGGUAGAAUGGGAAUAAGUGAAUUCAAGCUGUUGUGGAAUGACAUGAUUCACUGGAUUAGCAUUUUCAACGAGCACGACCGCGAUAAGUCGAAUAAUCUCAGCGGAUAUGAACUGCGUGAAGCUUUAUCAUCCGCUGGAUAUUCCGUUAAUUGCCAUACAUUGAAUUUGCUAAUGAUUCGCUAUGGUACCGACGGGAAUCUGGCGCUGGAUCAUUUUAUCAUGUGUAUUGUGAAGUUAAAUCACAUGAUUCAGACGUUUGAGGCGAGAGAUGAAGAAAAAACAGGCACUGCCAAGUUUUCGUUGGAGGAUUGGUUAAAUGCAACGAUUUACAGUUAGUUUUCCAAAUAUUUGCAAUUUAUUACCAAAGUUCAAGUGUUCCACAAUGUAUUUUCUAUACUUAUACUAUAUAUGCAUGAUUAAACAAAUAAUGUUGACUAUAUUUAUGUUCUAAAGGAAUUUUACUACAAGUUUGUCAAUUAUGAAGUUUAAAUCAUAUAGAAAUAAAUUAUUGCUGCUAUUUACGCUAAAA